GGGACAGGGCAGCGUUAGAGCUGCGGGUACAAGUAGAACAAACCGAGAAGCAGCAAAUGAAGAUGACACUCAAAUGUUGGAUACUGGGUUUGUCUCUGCUGAUGAACACUGAUGUGGAAACUUCUCAUGGCUCAGUGGAGGGCUCGGAGUCAACAUGGAGUUAUAAUUACACAAAAUACCACCCCAUGGAUGAGAUAUACAAGUGGAUGGAAGAUGUGGUGCGAGGGAACCCUGAGCUAGUUUCCUCUGUUCCCUAUGGACGCACCUAUGAAGAAAGAAACAUCACACUGCUGAAGCUGGGACUAAAGAACCCAGAGGGCAGAGAGAAGAAGGUUAUAUGGGUGGACUGUGGUAUCCAUGCUCGGGAGUGGAUCGCUCCAGCCUUCUGUCAGUGGUUCACCAAAGAGAUUGUGCACUCAUAUAAAAAUGACAAGAAGCUGGAGCAGAUGCUGCAGAACCUUGACAUCUAUGUUACUCCUGUGAUCAAUGUGGAUGGAUACGUAUUCACCUGGGUCAAUGACAGUACUCGUCUGUGGAGAAAGUCUCGCUCUCCCCCUCCUUCAAACAGUAGCUGUUAUGGUGUUGACCUCAACAGAAACUUCAAUGCCAACUGGGGAACGGUUGGUGUGUCAUUGGACAGUUGCCAAAAUAACUACUGUGGGACGGCACCAGUGUCAGAGCCAGAGGCCAAAGCUGUGGCAGAGUUAGUUGGUAGUAUGGUUAACAAGGUUUUGUGUUUUCUCACCAUCCACUCUGCUGGGCAACUUAUACUCCUGCCUUAUGGCCACCCGGAGAUUUCUGCACCAAACUACAACGAACUGGUUUCAGUUGGUGAGGCAGCAGCAGCGGAAAUAAAGAAAGUACAUGGGAUGGACUACACUGUAGGAACAUCUCCACAAGUCCUUUAUCCAAACUCAGGUUCAAGUCGUGACUGGGCUCGUCUCAUUGGCAUCCCCUUCUCUUAUACCUUUGAGCUGAGAGACAAAGGUGAAUUCAGCCACCUGCUACCAGAGGAGCAGAUCCAGCCAACCUGUGAGGAGGCUUAUGCAGGAGCUCUGUCCAUCAUCACAUAUGUUCAUGACAAGGCUUUCCCUAACACUGCUCCCGCUACAGUGAGGAGCUUCACCACAUUUUCUAGGGCUGUUAUAACCGUCUGGAGCACUGCUGUGGCCGUGUCUCUCACUACAGGGGUUGUCUUCUAAGAAGGUGAACAUCUCAGUCAUGCAAGGAUGGGCACUUAAUAUGGCAACCAUGCAGAUUGCAAUCUAUUGUGUAGUCUUUCUGAAAUUUAUCCACUUUUGAAAUUCAGUGCUCAUUGAUGAUGUAUAAU